CGCUCGUGCUCCAUUGAAACUGGCUCCCCGCUUCAGUGACAGUACAGGCGGACGAGGGGGCGGACCGGCGAGAGGAAACUUCACAGAAAACAAUAGCAGUCACUCCGCUGACCUCCAUAUAACUGUUAUUAUUUAUCAGCGUUAAUAUUUCUGAAGACAGGCAACUGUAUUUGCUGACAGACGCGCCAGGGGUUGCGUCGGUGGCUCGCGCCCGGCGAAGGAAUAACGUUAGUAGGAAAACGGAGAGAAAGGUGAGGUAAAGGCACGUUUGGGAAGAAGAGAAGGAGGACAGUGACAAGUUAGCAGACUCAGCCACAGGUAGCCCCACGUAAGCUGUCGUGGCAGAAGAUAUCAAAGUGCAGGCGGGUGAUGCGGAUUUCUCCGGUCGCUGAUCGGAGUGCCGCGUCGCAGCAAUAAGCGGUGGGGAAAGAGAGAAGAAGCCGAAAACAGAAGAACCACAGCGCUUAUCUGCCGCUGCGUCUGUCCGUCCAAGCGGACUCCUAGUCAGAGGGAAGAGCCACCAUGUCCCGGAGAAAGCAGAGCAAACCCCGUCAGAUAAAGCGGUUACCUACCUGCCAGCCUUGGUAUCAAAGUUCUUGUCGACCGCCAACUCUGCAGUCCAUCCGUCCCUGUGAACACAUCGAGAACUUCUAUCUUGCAGCCAUCACCGUCAGGCCUCAAAGUCCCCCCGAUUACGAUUCAGGUUCCCUCGGGGAUCUUGGCGGCGACGAGGAAAACACACCGGACAACCUCAGCCUAUCAGGAGAGGAGGGAGGAGCCUCGGACCCAGACGAUUCAGCAGAAGGGGACAGUUCCAGCCCUCCACCAUACACAUCGCUGUACAACGAAAAGCCCAGGACGCAGGAUUCUCGAGGAGGCCCCGAUGAUGAAGACGAGGACGGGGAGGAGCAAGGACCUACGCACAGUGGCGAGGAAGAGGAAGGAGAGGAAGAGGAGGUGUUACAGUGGAGGGGACCAGAUGAGCUGGAGCUAAGUGAAGAAGGCGGUGACAGCAGAGUGGUGGCUGGUAGGGAUCUCCAUCCAGACACAACGUGGGGCCCCUACCAAGGAAUCCUCCAAUCAGAGGGUAGCACAGAUGAUCAGGAGACAGAGAACUCAAGGUUGACUCUGGUGUGUGAAGAUCCAGACUGUUGGAUUAGUCUGCUCCCUCUGACCUCCGACAUCUCAGCUGCCAACUGUACCAUCUACAGCCAACGUGAGGAUUUGUUUUGUAAGGUGAGCAGAGAGCUUGCAGCUGGUGAAAGGCUCUUGGCUUCCCUGUCACCUCCUCCGGGCUCCUGCUCCUCCUCCCCGCAGGCCCAGCUCUCUCCUCCACUCAGCCUCGUAACCCAGAAACAACCUGUGGUGAAGGAGGAGUCACUGUACCCACCUGCACUGCUUUCAGACAUCCAGCUCCUCCCACAGCAAGCUGGCAUGGCCGCCAUCUUGGCUACUGCCAUUGUCAAUAAGGACAUUUUCCCAUGCAAGGACUGUGGAAUCUGGUACCGCAGUGAGAGGAACCUGCAGGCACACCUUAUGUACUACUGCGCCAGCCGUCAGAAGCAGCCGGCCGCAGCCUCAUCCCCGCCACAAGACAAACCCAAGGAGUCCUACCCCAAUGAACGCAUCUGCCCUUUUCCACAGUGCAACAAGAGCUGCCCCAGUGCCAGCUCACUGGAGAUCCACAUGCGCACACACAGUGGUGAGCGCCCAUUUGUCUGUCUCAUCUGUCUGUCAGCCUUCACCACUAAAGCCAACUGUGAGCGCCACCUUAAGGUCCACACGGACACACUGAACGGGGUGUGUCAUGGCUGUGGCUUUGUUUCUACCACAAGGGAUAUCCUCUACAGUCAUCUGGUCACCAGCCACAUGGUUUGCCAGCCUGGGUCUCACAGUGAGGUGUACUCCCCAGGGCCAGGCCUUCCCAAGCUGCCCCUGUCCACUGGUCUUAGUCCAGGAGACUCUGGUGUGGUGCUGAAGUGUCAAGUGUGUGGCCACAACUCUGACUCCCCUGCCCAGCUUCAGCAGCAUGUACGAACCCAUCUAGAGGUUAGGGUCCCAGCCGAAAGGAGCCCCACCCCUCGCCAAAGCACCCCAUCAUCAGUUGACAACCCCCAGCUCCAGCAGUCUCCCCAGGAGAGGGAGCCCCUGGCCUGUGUCCCUACGCCAGACUCAUCCAGUCCUGGUGCAAAUGGUGGCUCAGCCACGCCUCGAGACUACAGUCCUCCUGAUGCCCCAACCACUGACCUUAAGAUCAAAGAGGAGCCACAUUCAGACUUGGAGACAGAAGAGCAGCAAAUGGAGAUUAAGGAGGAUGGAGAAGAAGAGGAACUUGGUGGAGAGGCGGCGGAUCAAGAAGCAAGAAGGAAGACAAAGGAGAAGCAAACUGCCACAUCCUCCUUUCAGACAUCAACCUCUCCGAGGAGUCCAGCUAACGCAACUGUGAAGGCAGAACCAACUAGUCCCACCCCUGGUUCUAGCCCUGCACAUGUGGGCGGUACAGGGUCAGUUCUUCCCGGAGGAGCAAUGUUCUUGCCUCAGUACAUGUUUAAUCCUGAGGCAGCCAUUUUGCCUCAGGCCUCGGAGAUACUGGCUAAAAUGUCAGAGAUGGUCCACAGCCGUUUGAAACAGGGCCAGACAGUUCCUCAAAACAACCCAGCAGCCUUCUUCCCCUCUGGACCGACUGCACCUACAGCCGCAGCCACUCCUCCUCACAAAGGAGCCACCUGCUUUGAGUGCGAUAUCACCUUCAACAACAUCAACAACUUCUAUGCACAUAAGAGGCUGUACUGCUCCAGUAGGCACCAUGGAGAAGGUGCAACCUCAGCGUCAGGCCCUGGAUCGACAAGGGACGCAGCCCCAGCAACGAUACCUUCCAGUGGGGCACAUGGCUCGUCCGCAUCUCCUCAGGGUGGAGCAGGAAGUAGAGCAGCCUCUGCUUCUCCUUCUGACUCUGACCCUCCUGCAGGGAGUGGAGCAACAGAAUCCGGGAGGAUGGUGGAAGUGAAGACAGAAACACCUGUUGGAAAAGAAGGAAUAUCAUCCUCUUCUGAAGGGGAAGGUGGAGGUGGAAGUGUGGGAGGAGGAGGAGGAGGAAGAGCAAGUGAAGGCAGCCAGAGUCCUGCUAGUGGUUCUGCAGAGGACCAAGAAGACGAUCCCAAUAGAACCUUCUGCGGAGCCUGCAACAUCCGCUUCAGUCGUCAUGAAAACUACACUGUUCACAAGCGCUUCUACUGCGCGUCCCGCCAUGACCCAUCCAACCACCGAUCCGUACACAUGGCCAAGGCAACCACCGCAGCAGCCUUCCUUCCCCAACCCAUCCGCACACGCAAGAGGAAGAAGAUGUAUGAGAUUCACAUGGCUAGAACUGAAGCUUUAGCCAACGCUGCUGCUGCCGCUGCUGCCGCCGCCGCGAGUGCAGCUGCCUCUGCACCAUCUCCCUCUGUUCUGGGCUUAGCAGUGAAGCAAGAAGUUUCUCCCAGCGGAGCAGGCAGCUCCAGCCCUGAAGGAGAUGGCCCGAUUGACCUCAGCAAAAGGCCCCGUCUGAGAGAGGCUCCACGGAACAGCAGUAACAGUAUUCUCCCUUCCCUGCCUCUGACUGACUACCACAAAUGCACCGCCUGCAGUAUCAGCUUCAAUAGCAUUGAGAACUACCUGGCCCAUAAAACCUACUACUGCCCUGCCACCACCCUUCAACCUCAAACCUUGGAGCAGUUUCACAGGCUCAAGAGAUCUGCUUCUACCUCUCCCAAAAGCAGGCCUCAGCAGGAGCGCCCAGAUCUUCUGCACCCUAUGGAGGCUAAAGCUCUGCCCGCUGAGUGGGUUGCCCAGGCUCAAGGCACAUCAUCCAGUCCUCAUCCAUCUUCCUUACAGGCCGCCGAUGCCACAUCUCUUCACCAUACGACCACAACACUUGCAGCCAUCCCAGGAGCUGGAGCCAAAGUCGUAGGCGCCAGUGCCUCCCAGGUGGUCUGCCCAUACUGCCCUAACAGGCUCAUCACAUGUGACCUAAUGGAGCAUUUCAAGACUACUCACGGCCUGGUUGUAACCAUUCAGCCACCCCAGCCAGGCAGUGCAGUCAGCCGCAGCCCCAGCCUUAGUCCCAGGGAUGAAGCUGCAACCACCUCCACCACCCCGGCCAGCCAGCCCAGACUGGUCUCUCGAGUUCACAGAGACAGCAGCAACGGGCAGGCAAGGAGCGGUACAACUUCUCCCGUCUCCCCACUGGCAAACGGCAGCCCUUCAGCUGGGGAUGGAUCACCUUUGGCUGGCUCCCCUCUGUCUGUGUCUCCGUCAAGGGCUCCCUCUCUGACUUUGUCACCUGUGCCUGAGGUCCUGAGGGAGACGGUGGGGUCCUCCCUCCUUCCAGACAAGGCUGUCCCAAACACAGCCUCCCAUCCCGACCCCACACCCCAGCCUGCCCCCAUCCCCGGCCCCAAAACCACAGUGAUCUCCCCUGUCCUGAACGGUAACUCCCGUUUCUGCCGGCUCUGCAAUAUCAAGUUCAGCAGCCUCUCCACGUUCAUAGCUCAUAAGAAAUACUACUGCUCCUCCCACAGUGCUGAACAUGUCAAGUGAGCUGAGUAUUUCUCCUCUUCCCCUAACUUUAUCUUUCUGAGCGGAGGCUUUCCUUCAUUAGGUUCCAAGAAGCUAAGAAGUCCCUCCUCGGCCAGUCCUCCCAUAUAGGUGCCAAAAUGGCGCUCAGAUGGCAUGACCAUGAAUGACAAUGAAUGACUGUUACUCACCUGGCAGGGCCUGAUGCUCGAGAGUAGAAUUUGCAGGUGGUGUUACUAACAUACAUUAACUGAUAUUUCUCCUCCAAUGGGUCAAAGUUUGUUGUACACUAAGAGCUGCGACAGAUGCUACCUGCACACACUGGUGUGCCCUCAUCAUCUAGCUCACUCUCUGUCUUCAUACCCCGGUCACCAAUUCAACAUCUACCGCUCCCAGGCCUCACAGUAUGUUGCAUUAUGGGACGUUAAAAACAUUUAUCUAGACAGCCUCUUUUCUGUCUCUCUGUUGAACUGACUGUUGGAGGCAUUUAUGACUGAUGAUGAUACAGUAAUGUUGAUGCUGAUUAUGAUGAAUCUCCAGUCUUUUCCUGAGCUCUUAAUGUUCCAGACCUAAACAAAGGAAUAAUUUCUCUUGUGUGGAAAAGACUUGAUCAUUGUUAAUGUUUUUAUUAUCUGUGCAUAUUGUAUGAUGUCUGAAAAAAAGAAUUCUAUAAUACUUUUGGUUUCAACACUGGCUCUUUUUUGCUUAUUAGAGAAGCUUAAGCGUUUUAGCUAAAAAAACAAAAACAAAUAUGUGGUAUCACAAUGUUACUAAUUACUGAAGGAUAAUAUUUCUAAAUGGACAGUUUUGUUUUUGUUUUUUUCUUUCAUACAUAUACAUUUUUAUUUUCUCUUCAAAAAAUGCAAGGGAGAAGAAAAUGUGAAAUAUUUAUCUUUUAGUCCUCACUGAUUUCAUGUCAACAGAAAACUACCUACCUGGUGUCUGAGAGUACUUGUAUUUUUUAUUUGUAUAUUUUUCAUACUGUUGGAAGGAUCUGGGUGUGUUGAAGUGUAUUUUUUAAGUGCAGAUAUGUAAUAUCUUCUCACAGUAAUCACUGGGAUCUCACUGAACUUUGUUAUCACGUUAGCAUUUGGUGUUCUGUUUAUGUAGUCUUUAAUUGAUGGUGAGGUCUGAAAACCUGCGCUGUUUAUUUUUAUCCCCUCUUGUAUCAUGCUGAUGAGGAACAUGAUUAGAUCAGAACAGCUUCCUCACUUACAGCUUUUCACAUGAGAAAGUUGAAGGGAGAACUACUGAUACUUUUGUGUUAAUACUUUGGUGAGAAUGUAGCCUCCCAGAUUUUAGGGUAUUUAAAAUCAAAAUGUUAUAUACCUUAAAAACUAUCUUUAGUUACCAGCCUCUAUACCAUGCAAAAUAUGACCAUUAUGGACACUCAGCUUUACAUUAUUGGUUGGACACUGCCUUUUCAUAUAUUUUCCAAGGGAUGCACAAAACAGAAAAAAUGCUUCUAAUACACAUCUUAAAAGAUGUUGUUUUUCUUUUAAAUGAUUGUGUUUCUGUCCGGCAAUGAAGGCAUAGCAGGGAAUUGUCACACUGUAGGUUAAGCACAUCCAGUAUGUAGUAACCGCUUAUUGUGGCCCAUGGUGUGUGUGUGAGAAAAAUACUGUGCUAUUCCUCUCUCACUUUAUUGCUCUCUCGCUCAUGCACACAUACUCACACACACAGUUUACGCAAUGUUCCCAUGCUGCUGGUGCAGUUGCAAUACAGUGUUAGUUAGAACUGUGAAAUCCUUUUUUUCAAAUAUUGAUGCAAACUAAGUAAUGUAUAGUAUGGGCCAUCUUAAGUUUGUUAAGGUCCAGACUUCAUUUCAAUUGAAGUUGCCAUUAGCCAAUAUUGCAUCCAGAUGCUGAAUUUGUUACAAACAUUUCCCUCAGACUUUGACAAUGUACAAUAGCCUCUAAAAUAGAAUUUGGACCUUUCUGAUUUUGACACUAGAACUGCAAAGUUGGGAAAUAGAAUUAGAUGAUAGCAGGUGAGCACAUAAGCCAGCUAUUACACUUUUUUGCUAGAAUGCUAAUGUCAGUCAAACUGUAUACCUACCAACAUAGGACAGAUCUGGACCUGUGUUGGAUACUCCUGACCUUUUUAUUACACAUGCCUAAUCAAAGUCAUCAGUGGUUGGGAGAAACAUUGUCAUACCUGUUGAAGUUUGUUUUGGUCACUAAGGGACAACAGAACAAGCUGUAAACACAACAAUGACAUAGUAUCAUCGUAUAAAGUUAUUAUGGCGAAUGUGGAAAUGUGAGUUCCUCAUUAAUUGAUCCAUGUUCACCCCAUCAUUUUGUUUCCAAAACUGGAAACUAAAUAUAAAAGUGUAGGAUUUUUUAUCAUCAUUUUCAAAAUUCCUGGUUGAUGUUCUGCUCUGUUGUGGUUCGGAGCAGCACUUGUAUCAGACACAUCUUACUACUAAGUGUUUACAAUUGUGCUGGUCUUUCUCUCUCAGUUCAAAAGGAGAGAGAAAAGCAGAAAGUCACAGAGUCAUGGUAACUACUUACAAAUUGAGUAACUGAGUGCUGAAAAAUCAUCCUUUGAACCUACCCCAUUUUAAUUGCACUGUGUUGUAUAAAAAUGUGCUGAAUGUUUUAGUUUUAGAGACUUUUUUGUAAUGUAUUUAUGUUAUACAGAACUUUUCCCCGUCCAAAGUGCGUCAACUUGAAGGAUUUUCUGAAAGAUUUGAACCCUCGCAUAAAACCUUUUUUAUCUAGUUGUAAAACAUGUUUCUUAAUGAUUUCUCUAAUGUCCAUAAUGGAAGAAAUCACAAUGAAUGUCUAAACUUUUAUUUCCAUACUUUUCAUUUCAGUUUCAUUACACUCUUGUCCAAACUAUGCAUGGGAAAUAAAAACGUUCUGAGAGACACUGA